AUGGCUUUUCCAAAUGCCUUGUACGGGCUAGCAUAUCCGGACCUUGGGUCGCACACCUCUUUGAGCAAUUCGAUCUAUCUGGGCAUGAACGCAAAUUCCGGGUUUUUGAAUGCUUCGAGGAACGAUCAGGAGUAUUCUAGUGCCGCCAACUUUCCCCUGGCAUACGGUUACAACACUUUAAUCCUUAGCGAGAACUCGGCGGCGCUGCUCGACUUACCACUGCUGCCUCCAUUACUGAGAUUCAAAGGAGACUGGCCCGGAAUGAGACAUGGCAAGUAUCCGCCGAUGUCGACGCCAUUGUAG